AGGUGGCUCUUGCUCCGCUCGAAGAAUGCACUGAGCCGUCAAAGCAGUUUUUGUUUGUCGAAGUAAGGGCGAGCGGAAGUCUCCAUAGUUGUCAUCGACAAAGAGUGUUACUUUCAUGAGCAUGAUGCUACGCUAUGUCCGCUCAUCCCUUUGUUACGCCCGCAACUUCUCGACGGAAGUGGCGGCGGUGAAUACCGUAGCAACGGGCCGCACCGCCACAACAAAAAGCGCCGGUGGCGGCAGAGACACGCUGGGCCGUAGGCUUCUUAGCCUGGUGUACAGAAAACGUAGCGCCGUCAUUGCCAUACGGAAAUGGAAAGAAGAAGGCCAUACGGUGCGCAAGUAUGGGCUCAACCGUAUCGUCCGCGAGCUCCGCAAGGUCAAGCGAUACAAACACGCCCUGGAGAUCUGUGAAUGGAUGAGACUGCAGCAAGACAUUAAGCUGCUACCAGGUGACUAUGCUGUCCACUUGGACUUGAUUGCAAAAGUUCGCGGUUUAAAUAGUGCAGUAAAGUUCUUUGAGGAUCUUCCUGAUCAAAUGACAGGCCAGCCCACCUAUACAGCUCUUCUCCAUGUAUAUGUCCAAAACAAGUUGUCAGCCAAAGCUGAGGCUCUCAUGGAGAAAAUGUCGGAAUGUGGUUUCUUGCAGAAUCCGAUUCCUUAUAACCACAUGCUCUCUCUGUAUAUCUCAAGUGGGCAGCUAGAGAAGGUUGAAGAAAUGAUUCAGGAACUAAAGAGGAACACUUCACCAGAUGUUGUUACCUACAAUCUAUGGUUAUCUGUCUGUGCUUCCCAAAAUGACGUUGAAACCGCAGAAAAAGUUUUCCUUGAGCUAAAGAAAGCAAAGUUAGAUCCGGAUUGGGUUACAUAUAGUGCCCUAGCCAACUUGUACAUAAAAAAGUCUCUUCUUGAAAAAGCAUCACAUACUUUGAAGGAGAUGGAGAAAAAGGCAUCUCGGAAAAAUCGAGUUGCAUAUUCUUCUCUCCUAAGUUUGCAUACAAACAUGGGGGAUAAGGAUGGAGUUUCUCGAAUCUGGGAAAAGAUGAAAUCAUGUUUUCGCAAAAUGAAUGAUGCUGAAUAUACUUGCAUGUUGUCUUCACUUGUGAAGCUUGGGGAGUUUAAAGAAGCUGAGAAUCUCUAUAGCGAGUGGGAGUCAGUUUCUGGGACUGGUGAUUCUAGGGUCUCAAACAUACUUCUUGCAGCUUAUAUCAACCGAAACCAGAUGGAAAUGGCUGAAAACUUUUAUAAUCGAAUGGUAGAAAAGGGUAUCACUGCAAGUUACACUACUUGGGAGCUUCUUACAUGGGGUUAUUUAGAAAAGAGGCAGAUGGAAAAAGUUUUAGAUUAUUUCAAAAAAGCUGUUGCUAGCGUGAAAAAGUGGGAUCCAGACGAAAAGUUGGUUAGAGAAGUGUUUAAGAAACUUGAGGAGCAAGGCAAUGUUGAAGGGGCAGAGCAAUUAUUGAUCAUUCUACGAAAAGCUGGUCAUUUGAGUACUGAGAUAUAUAAUUACCUGCUACGAACUUAUGCAAAAGUUGGUAAAAUGCCACUUAUUGUAGCAGAGAGGAUGGAGAAGGACAAGGUUGAGUUGAAUGAGGAGACUCGUAAGCUCAUAAAACUAACUAGUAAGAUGUGUAUCAGUGACGUUUCUACUAAGUUUUCUUGAGUGUCAAAUGAAAGAGUUUAUGUUUUGUUUGGUGGUGCCAUUAAAAGCUAAUCAUGUACAUCCAUCUUGUUUUUUAUGCUGCAAGUAAAUUCUCUUAAGAGUUUGAUUUGUAUA